CACUCCACACACACAUACCCCCCACCCCUGCCUGCCCGCAGGUAGUUGGGGCUGCUUCCCAAGGGAAGAGGAGGAAGGACUGGGGUCACGUGGGGCUCCACUGCCGGAGGAUCUAGAGAGGCUUAGAGAGCCCCGGGUCAGUGGGGGAGAGACACAAAGAGAGUCGAAAAGAGAAAGCGACUGGGAGACAGAGACAGAGACAGACAGAAAACCAGACAGACAGACAGAGAAAAGCAGAGACAGAGGCAGAGGGAGAAAGCUCCAGACACCAGAGAGGAAAGAAGGAGGUGACGCACUGCAAAGGAGAAACCGAGACCAGAGACAGAGAAAGAGGGAGAGAAAGCAGCAGAGGUUUGGAGGGAGAGAGAGAAAGAGAAAGUACCAGAGAGUGCGUUCAAGAGGGAAAAGCAGAGAAAGAAAAAGGAGGGAGAGAGGGGGUGAGAGAGAGAGAGAGAGAGAGAGAGAGAGAGAGAGAGAGAGAGAGAGAGAGAGAGAGAGGGAGAGAGAGAGAGAGAGAGAGAGAGAGAGAACAACCAGAAGAAGAAAGAGAAGGAGGAGGAAGAAGAAAGGGGGCUCAGAGGAGAGAGCGCGCGGGAUCGAGCGGGGAGUGGCCCCUUCACUCCCGGGGGCCCAGGGCGGGGCGAAGAGUCGGGGGAGGGCAGCCCCAGCCUCUCGCCUCCGGGAGCUUGGGGGGAAAUAUCCCGGGUGCGUGUGUGCGUGCUUCCACACGCGCCUGUCCAAAGUGAGUGUGAGUGCGUGUGAGCAAAGGGGGUCGGCGAGCUGGGCGGCCCCCUUCUGGCAGCCAUGAGUUCCCCUCCGCCCCCCCGGAAGGGCUUUUACCGGCAGGAGGUCACUAAGACAGCUUGGGAGGUGCGGGAACUCUACCGCGACCUGCAGCCCGUGGGCUCUGGGGCUUACGGGGCCGUGUGCUCGGCCAUUGACAGCAGGACCGGCACCAAGGUGGCCAUCAAGAAACUGUACCGUCCCUUCCAGUCGGAGCUGUUCGCCAAGCGCGCCUACCGGGAGCUGCGGCUACUCAAACACAUGCGCCAUGAGAAUGUGAUUGGCUUACUGGAUGUCUUCACCCCGGAUGACACGCUGGAUGACUUCACAGACUUUUACCUGGUCAUGCCAUUCAUGGGCACGGAUCUCAGCAAGCUGAUGAAACAUGAGCAGCUCAGCGACGACCGGAUCCAGUUCUUGGUUUACCAGAUUCUUCGGGGGCUCAAGUACAUCCAUGCUGCUGGCAUCGUCCACAGGGAUCUCAAGCCUGGUAACCUGGCAGUGAAUGAGGACUGUGAGCUGAAGAUUCUGGACUUUGGCCUGGCCAGACAGACAGACAGUGAGAUGACUGGCUACGUGGUGACCAGAUGGUACCGGGCACCUGAGGUCAUCCUCAACUGGAUGCGUUACACCCAGACAGUGGAUAUCUGGUCUGUGGGCUGCAUCAUGGCAGAGAUGAUCACCGGGAAGAUCCUUUUCAAAGGGAGUGACCACCUGGACCAGCUGAUGGAGAUCAUGAAGGUGACCGGGACACCUCCCCCUGAGUUCGUGCAGCGCCUUCAGAGUCAGGAUGCCAAGAACUACAUGGAGAAUCUCCCGGAGCUGGAGAAGAAGGACUUUGCCUCCAUCCUGAAGAACGCGACCCCCCUGGCUGUGAACCUGCUCGAGAAGAUGUUGGUACUGGAUGCCGAGAAGCGAGUGACAGCCGCAGAGGCGCUGACUCACCCAUACUUUGAGACCGUGCAUGAAUCUGAGGAGGAGCCCCAGGCCCAGCUCUAUGAUGACUCCUUUGAUGACGUUGACCGGACAUUGGAGGAGUGGAAACGAGUCACAUACAAAGAAGUCCUCAGCUUUAAGCCCCCUCGGCUUCUGGAUGCAAAGGAAACAUCUCUGUGAUUCCAUGUGGAAAUGGAAAGAGGUCCCUCAGGUUCAGGCCGGUAGGGACCCUUGUGGUAACCUGUAGUUUAAGGUGGGACUGGGUGCCAGCAGUGAUUCCUGGGAUGACUCUGGAGGGGAUCCGCUGGCAGUGACCCCAACAGUGACUCUGGGAUUGGGAUCAGGGCACCCUUGGGGUAAACUGUCCCUCCCUCAGGGUUAGGAUUUCCUUUGAACCACAUUUUGAGGGUGAGGAUCUCUUGGGAGAGGGGAGUCACUCGUUAGUGAGGGGGGGGACAGAUAGCCCCCCCAGGUGACUCUGGAAGAAACCCUGCUGUCCUGCAGCCCCUUCUUGGGCCACACACCCAACAGAGGUCUUGGCCCCUGAUUCUGAUCUCGGGUCGCUGGUGGUGAUUGCUGCUCUGUCUCAUGCCUGGGGAAGCUUGGGCUUCCAGCUUUGGUGUGUUCAACUGCUCCUCAGAGGUCGUCAGAGCUGGGAUCCCUGUCUCUGGAAGGGACCCCACCGGGGCCCAGGUGGGCAGCUGUGACUCAGGGACAACAUCCCUCCUCACCCCACCCCAACGUGUAAAUAAACACUCCUGGCAUAUGUCCCCAA